ACUAGCCCCCUGGAGACCAUCCCGUCUGAGCCUGAGUACCGCGACCUGGUCGUCCAGCUCACCACGCACCUGCUGGCACCGAGCACGUCCCGGUUGAGCCGUGCGUUCCUAACACCCGCAGACGUCCGCGCCCUCCACGACCACCUGUGCGACGCCGCGUUUUU